CGUCGACAACCAGCACCUUGUCUGUCUUCUCCCCCUGCCAGGCCAGACCAGACGUCCUGCCCUGUUCGACGCAAUGGCUGCCACGAAGCACUCUCUCGCUGACAGCGAGGUCGCCGUCCGGCCCUCCAAGAAGACCAAGGUCGAAAACGGCGACCAUGUCGACAAGGCGCAGCUGAAGAAGGACAAGAAGGAGAAGAAGAAGGAAAAGAAGGACAAGAAGCGCAAGCCGGAGGAAGGAGACGCUGAGCCCGCGACCAACGGAGACGGCAGCGGCGCCGACGAAGAGGCCCUGCGCAAGGCCGAAAAGAAGGCCAAGAAGGAGAAAAAGCGCGAGAAGAAGGAGAAGAAGCUGCAGGCGGCUGCCCAAGAGGAGCAGGCCUCCCCCGAGUCGCAGGACGUCUCCAUGGCCGAUGCGAAUGGCGCUGAGAACGCGCCCGUCGAGGAAAAGAAGAAGUCCAAAAAGGACAAGAAGAACAAGAACAAGUCCGUGGCCGCGACAGAUGGCAGCGCCGACGUCCCCGCCCGCGGCGCUUACGUCCAGACCAUGAGCCUUUCGAGCGUCCCGCAGGCCGACAUCGACGCCUUCCUCGCCGAGCACCAGAUCACAAUCACCGACCCCCGCAACAAGGAUGCGCCGCUCCGACCCGUGACCGAGUUCGACCACCUGCCGUCGACGAACCUGCUGGAGAAGAAGCCCUCGCCGUUCGCCAAGUACAAGGCCCCGACGCCCAUCCAGGCCGCGUCCUGGCCCUCGACGCUUAGCGGCCGCGACGUCGUCGGCGUCGCCGAGACGGGCUCCGGCAAGACCAUGGCCUUUGCGCUCCCCUGCGUCGAGGCCGUCUCCGCCAUGGGCACCCGCGGCACCAAGGCCGUCAUCGUCUCGCCCACGCGCGAGCUCGCCAUGCAGACGCACGAGCAGCUCGCCAGCCUCGCCACCCUCGCCAAGCUCAAGUGCGUGUGCCUGUAUGGCGGCGCCUCCAAGGACGACCAGCGCAACCUGCUCGGUCGCGGCUGCGACAUCAUCGUCGCCACGCCCGGCCGCCUCAAGGACUUCAUGUCCGACGGGACGGUGGACCUCAGCGGCGCCGCGUUCGUCGUGCUCGACGAGGCGGACCGCAUGCUCGACAAGGGCUUCGAGGAGGACAUCAAGCAGAUUCUGGGCUCGUGCCCCGAGAGAGAGCGCCGCCAGACGCUCAUGUUCACGGCCACGUGGCCGCAGUCGGUGCAGGCGUUGGCUUCGUCCUUCAUGGUGGAGCCCGUCAAGGUGACCAUUGGUUCCGGCGGCAAGGAGACGGAGAACGGCUCCGUCGAGCUGCAAGCCAACGCGCGCAUCACGCAGCGCGUCGAGGUCGUCGAGCCCCGCGACAAGGAGUUCCGCCUCCUGCAGAUUCUCAAGCAGCACCAGCAGGGCAAGGCAAAGAACGACCGCAUCCUCGUCUUCUGCUUGUACAAGAAGGAGGCCACGCGCGUCGAGGGCUUCCUCGCCCGCAAGGGUGUGCGCGUCGGCGGCAUCCAUGGCGACCUGAAACAGGAGCAGCGAACGCGCAGUCUCGAGGCCUUCAAGACGGGACAGACGCCCGUCCUCGUGGCGACGGACGUGGCCGCUCGCGGCCUGGACAUUCCCGAGGUAAAGCUGGUUAUCAACGUAACCUUCCCCCUGACCAUCGAGGACUACGUCCAUCGCAUCGGGCGCACGGGCCGUGCCGGCAACACUGGCGAGGCCAUCACGCUCUUCACUGUGCAGGACAAGGCGCACUCCGGAUCCCUCGUCAACAUCCUUAGGGGUGCUAACCAAGAAGUGCCCGAGAACCUGCUCAAGUUUGGCACCACGGUCAAGAAGAAGACGCACGACAUGUAUGGCUCCUUCUUCAAGGACGUCGACAUGACGCAAAAGGCGACCAAGAUUACGUUUGAUUAGAUGGGCGUCAUGUUUUGCGCGGCGAUGAAUUAUUUUUUUUUAUUGUCUAGAUGGCGUUGGGGCAUUAUUGUUUGGCGGCUCGCCUGCCGCGAGCGGCACGGGCACACUCGAGGAGGAAUGUGCGCUCAAAAAAGAGUCUGCGGUUGUCAGUACAUGGAUCAAAACGGAGACGAGGGGCGUGUGGGCCGUACAUCAAUAGAAGCAACGGGGCUGCCGUGCCCGCGACCUUUGCCAAUGUCCUCACGGGCUCUGCCUCCGCC